AGGCGGUAGGACAAUUUUCCACCUACAGCUACUUGAAAGAUUAUUUUUUUUCUUUUUCUGUAUACUGCUGCGAGCAAAAAGGUUUUUGUGCUGUCCUAGCUUAAACCCUGCUGUGUUUGUGUUACACAAACGAUUGAAUACAAGCAUUGGCGUACGCCUCCAUUAGCCGUUGUUGACUAUCCUCAAAGUAUCACUACCUUGCCUGCAAAGAUGUGUGCAGGUAGCAUUUAUGACCUCAAGGGCCACUCUGCCCUUUACGAGGUUUUAGGCGUCCCCCAGACCGCUACCCAGCGUGAGAUACGUCUGGCCUACUACCGAUUAGCAAUCGUGUACCAUCCUGACAAGAAUCCCGGUGGCGGGGACGUCUUCAAAGAGGUUUCCUUCGCGCAUGGCAUUCUCUCCGACCCAGAGCAGCGUGCUAUGUACGACAGUGGGACGCUGCGCGGCGAUAUCGAGAAGAAAGCUCGCGCCUACGACCCGUCGAUGGAUCCCAAUGUCGAGCUUAGCCCGGAGACUCUGCGCGCCUUUGUAGAUCGCGUGAGGCAGUCGCAUAACGCAAAUCAACAAGUGCAGAGCGCCUUUGAGCAGCGUCGGGAGGAGGAGAUGAAGCGGCGGGCAGAGUACGACGCGAGAAACCCAACCUUUCGUGCAGAGUACGAGCGGGCCCGUCGUAUGCGCCAACGUGGGUUAGGCGCAACUGCGGGAUCCUCUGCUGCGCCGGAGGUGGUCGCAGCGAAGCCGCGAACGUCUGCGGAAAUCGUCGCGGAGCUGCAGCGAAAGGAACAGGAGGGUGCGUUUAGCCACAAGUCAGUCUCAGCGUCCUCUUCCAGCGGUGCGCAAGGAGGUCAAUUUUCGUACAAGAAGGAGCUGAUGGCACAGUACCGCGCCACACACAGCGAGUACGAGGUGGGAGAGGACCACAGCAGCAACGCGAAGAAGAGCAGUCUUCCCUUUGUGCGUGCUCAAUGCGAAGCACCGCAGUACAGCGAGACCGUGGACGAGAAAAUUCAAACCUACUCCAAUUUCGACUACAGGAAGUACGUCGAACAGGGAAGAUGGGAUGGCGAUGAGGUGGAGGAAGCCAUCAUGGCGGACGCACUCGGGCAGUACGAUCGCAACCAUUGA